GUCAAACGCUCGCACAUCCAGUAGAGGAAAAAGAGACGAAAACUAAAAAAAAAAUAACUUUUUAACGACGGCAUCUGAAUAUCAGGUGGGUCAGAUGCUGGUGUUUCACACCGGCCGACAAGUUUGCACUGAGAUCGCAGGAUUAAAUGGUCAGCGCCGCUGAUUUGGAGCCUCUUGGAGCCUCAAAUGUGCCUGUAAUGCGAAUGUGGCGUCCUAACACGCCCGACAUCCAGUGAAGCUUCAUUUUAAGGCUCAUUUUAGAGCCUCCGCAGGAACAAUGACUUGGAUUUUCUGGGACGCAUUUUUUCUAAUAAGCGGUUCUCUCUUUACUUUUGGAGCAGGACCGAACAGUUCAGCAGUUGUUAAAGCAAACAUUUCUGUUGAUACCAACUCGACUGCUGCUCCAAACGCCCCCACUAGCAGCUCGGGAACGGCCAGUGACGGAGGCGCAGCUACAACCAACAUCCCUGCAGUGAGAAGUUCCGUUGUUUUAUUCGGAGGAGGAGAGAGAAACGCAACAAUUGUAGAUGUUGUCAUUUCCAUCAACGCCACUUCUGCAACUGCUCCUGACUCCUCAGCAAGUAGUGCCUCAACUGUGAGCAGCAGAAGUGAUGCAACCAAAAGACCGGUGUCCGCUGCUACCAACCAUCCAACAAAAAAGUUUGUGGCAGCAGCUGUCCGGUCACAUUUCGACGACUGUCCGGAUUCCCACCAGCAUUUCUGCUUUCAUGGCACAUGUCGCUUCCUGAUACUGGAGGAGACACCUGCAUGUGUGUGUCAUGCGGGCUUUGUCGGGAUGAGGUGCGAGCACGCUGACCUGCUCGCUGUGGUAGCGACUAACCACAGGCAGCAGACCGUUGCUACGGUGCUGGUGCUGUGCGUGAUUGGAUCUGUUCUUAUCAUGGUUCUGUGUUCUCUCUUACAUUGCUGGUGGAGACAAGAUUGCCGGAGGCGGAGCCCAGCGCAUCACUAUGCUGGAGAAAAGCAUGGAGCGUCCCACUAUCCUUCAGAGAGCAUGGUUUGACAAGACA